AAAAAAAGUACUAGACUCUACUAACCAUUUCGAAUAAUUUAAAAAAAAAUGUAUUGACGUUUCUCUAGUCUAGUAACAUCAAGUUAUUGCGAUAAUUUAGAAAUCUAAACCUGUAUCUAUCAUUUAGUUCUAAUAGACGUAUUACAGCGAGAUCUAGUCUAAUGUUUUGAAAAUCAAAUGGAUAACAUUAAUAACGUGACAGUAACGUCUUGCGAAAAUUCUAAGUUUUUAAAGCCAAAACGUAUUCACUACCAACAGAAUGGUGUUAAUAAAAUAUGGGAUGCCAUGACAGUGCAUGAUGGGGUGGCUAUUCUCUUAUUUAACACAACAAGAAAUGUGUUAAUAUUUGUGAGACAGUUUCGUCCAGCCAUAUACAUCAACAGUGUCAAGACAGAAAUAAAAGAUGGCAUUGAAACAGUUGAUACCAAUCUUUACCCUGGUUCCCUGGGCAUGACAAUAGAACUUUGUGCUGGCAUCAUUGACAAAAAUAAACCUGUUCCAGAAAUAGCUAAAGAAGAAAUUUUAGAAGAAUGUGGCUAUGAAGUACCUCUAGAAAAUUUGAGAAAGAUCACAACCUGCAGAAAUGGAGUUGGCACAACUGGAGGCUUGUUACACUUGUAUUAUGCUGAAGUGACUGAUGAUAUGAAAGUUGGCGCAGGUGGCGGCUUAAUCACUGAAGGUGAGAUGAUUAGUGUUGUGGAGAUGUCAGUAGACGAAGGGAGAAAACUCAUGUUUGAUGAGACAGUUAACAGGGUGCAUGGCUUGAUAUUUGCUAUCUAUUGGUUUUUAGAUAAUAUAUGGAAAAAUGGAAAUUAAUCUCCUAAUUAAUUUUGUAUUAUACACAUGUACAAACUGAAUUUUAUUAACAAAAGAAAAAAUGAUUGCCUUCUCCUUGUACAUAUUUUUGGAGUGUGUAAAGAGUUUUAAUUAAUAAUUGUAAUAGUUCCUUUAAUUAAAAAAAUAAUGGAAAAGAACUACACUGGUAUUAUAGGUACACGUCUAUGAAGUUACAAAAAAAAGGGAUUUUAUUAAAUUAUAAGUAUGUUGAAAUAUAAUACAAGGAAGUUAUACUCUUGUAUACCUUUCAAUGAAUGUUUUUUUGUUUUUUUUUAAAGCAUUAAAAAUUAACCUAAGAUUUUUAAAUGUAUAUAUUAUAAUUCAUUAGUUAUUUAUUUUAUUACUGUAUAUGUAAACCUGGAAAAGUGAGGAACAACUUUUUGUAACGUUUAUUUCAGAAGUUUGAGUGUAGAGGAUUCAUUUGAUCUACCUAUUAGUCUAUGUAUGUUUCCUAUCAUUGACAAAUGUAUUUAUCUGUGAAAAUAUAAUUAUUUUUUUUUUGCCAGUAUUUGUGAUUAAAACUAGCAUAUGUGUCAUAAACCUAAAUAAAAUAAUGUUUAUAAUAUAGACAAUAAUACUUAAUUGUAUGUAUGUCCUCCAGUUUAUUUAUAGAAAAUUGUGAUGAAUGAAUUACAGUGAUUUCUUUUCA